AAUGCUUCAGGAAGUAACAAUUCCUUGUGGAAGAUAUGAUUACAAUCAAGAAACAAAAAAAGUUGUUAUUGUUAAAGCAAAAGGAUUACUCAAUUUAUAUUUGAAUGAUGAAAAUGAAUUGUGGUUAAAAUGGUAUAAUGUAGAUCUAGAUAGUAAAUUAGAAAUUGUAAACUUUUAUAUUAUUUAAAAUAGGAAAGAAUCUUAAUUAAAGGAUGUACAUUUUUUGAAAAAGUUAAAGGUCAAAAUAGAGUAUAUCUUCUUAGAUUUACAGAUGAUGAUUAAAAGUAUUUCUUUUGGAUGCAAGUAAUAUUUAAUAUAUAUUUUAAAUUAGACUGAUGAUUAAACUUAAGAUGAAAAUUAUUGCAAAUAAUUUAAUGAUAUAAUCAAUUUAUAGGUUUUAGAUGAUCCUAUUUAAAUUUAAUAAUAACCUCCAAUUUAAUCUCAACCACAUACACAACCUCCAUAAUAAUAAAUGGAUCAAUAAUAAUAAUAACUUUUAUAAUUGCUUUAAUAGUAAUUGACAUAAAGAGUAGGUCCAGGACUAUCUCUAACAGAUAUUUUAAGUAGUGAAUUUUUAACUUAAAUUGCCAAAGAUGAGGAAUACUUUUAGGCUCUAAAAGAGUAAAUAAUUUAAAUUAUAUUAGUUAUUUACCUCCUGAUUAGUAAAGUUUUGAAUAAUUUAAGGAGAAUUUACUGAGUCCUUAAUUUAAAUAGGCUUUAGAUUAGUUGACUCAUGCUUUAAAGGGAAGAGAAAGGAGUUCUGUGAUUCAGUAAUUAGACUUGGAUUAUAGAGUAUUAGAAUAGGAAUUUGAUGGUGUUAUAGCUUUUAUUAAAGCUAUUAUUAGAAAGGAUUAAAAUAAAAAUUGA